AUGGAAUCAUCAGGUUUAAAGAGAAUAUUUUACUAAAAGCUAAGAGAUUACGUAUAUCACAUUCCAGGAGAAAAUCCUUCAUUGUUUACACUCUGUGGAACUAAUUGCUUCGUUGUUGGAAGAGGGAACAAUAGAGUUAUGAUUGAAGCUGGUGACUAUCCAGAGAGAAAUUAAUUGUUUUUAGAGAACUUUAAUAGAUUUCUGACUGACUUCUCCCAUGUUAGCAUUGAAAAGAUAUUCAUUACUCAUGGACAUUACGAUCAUUUUGGAGGUUUAUUUGAUGUUUUAAACACGCUAACGAACAGAUAAAAAGCUUCUAAAUAUACUGAACCAGAGAUUUACAAAAAGCUAGAUGGAAAUUAGUUUGAAAAUGAGGUGUUUCAGAGAUAUCCAACGCUCACUGGUAAGGUCAGAGAUCUUAAACAUAAUGAUACUUUCAAAUUGGAUGACGAAUUCGACUUGAAGGCACUCUAUACUCCUGGACACGCGACUGAUCAUUUCUCUAUCUUAAUGAGUCCUAUUAAUAAGGAAGAUUACAAAGAAAAUUUAUUAUUCUCAGGAGACAUUAUUUUGGGCACCCCUAGUACAUCAGUGCAGGAAUUAUCUUCAUAUAUGGAAACUCUUUAUAGUUUGAGAAAUGAAGAUUUUAGUCAUAUCUGCUUGCCUCAUUCAUUGGAUUCAUUGCCAGAGUCAAUUAUUGUUGAUGGAAAAGUUAAGCUAGAGCAAUAUAUUUAGUAUCGAGAGGAACGAGAUAGGAAUAUAAUGGCUUGUUUCAAAGACGAUGAUAAAAUUACAAAAGAUGAUCUAUAUAACGUUAUCUAUGGCUCCAGGGGAUUAAUAGGAGGGUUGUAAUUGGCUGCAAUAAACAAUCUUGAACUUCAUUUAGCAAAACUAGUUAAGGAUAAGUAAUUAAUGAAAGUCGAAGGAAAAGAUGAAUAUUACAGAAACAAUCAUAAAAUUUGA